AUGAUAGAGCACCCCCCCGUUAUCGCAGGUGGGGCUUCGGCAUGUGGUGGCAAGGAUGGUGUUCGGAGGUCGAAUGAGGUCACCCCUGGACAUUUCUAUGAUGUGGAAGAUGCGGUGUCCCGGUCGGCGCAGGUGGCAGAGCAUCUCGCCACCCAGGGCUGUUGCUUCAUCUCCCAUGCAGUUCCAACUACAUCUUGCCAGCGCCUGGCAGAUUACGUUGAUGAUGCCCUUGCUGCUGCACAGAAAGACGUGGCACUCUCGGAAGCUGGCGAUGCACGCUAUGCGCGCCACCGCUCCUACUUCAGAAGGCUGGCCUAUGCUACAAGGCGGGACCGCAUUGAGUUCACCCUGCCCAUGGUGGAGGAGGUCACGGAAGCGCUGGAGGGUAUGGUCGCUUCACUUGGCCAGGUCCUGGAGCAUGUCGUGACUCGGAAUGGUCGGCUUGUGGAUCUCUCCUGUAUGAUUUCGGAUCCGGACUGCGAGUACCAGCCCCUCCACUCGGACACUUCGUUGGAGCGGGUGAAGUUCACAGUGUUCGUGGCUCUGCAAGAUGUGACUACUGAGAUGGGUCCUACUUAUCUGUGCCCUGCGACGCACAACUACGAGCAUCACAGCGCACUGGACGUGAUGCAGAAGAUGGAGCUAUCACAUGCAGAGAUGCUGGGCCGCCUCGGCGCGGUGCCUGCACUCUGCAGCUGCGGGGAUGCUUUCAUCAUGAACUCGCAGCUCUUGCAUUGUGGUGGAGGCCAGGCAUCUACGGAUGCUGGUGGCAAGCGACGCCGGCUGCUGUACGUGACCUGGCACUUGCCCGGCAUCACACCUGGGGAGCAUUCCCUGAGAGACGAACUUGUUGGUCGGUUCCGACUAGGCGACUUUGACGGGGGCCGGAAGCUCCCUCCGGACUUUGAUGAGCAAUACAGCGAUCUCUUCAUAGCAGCCAACAAGCUGGACGAUCCCGAUGCCAUGUUGCAGUUCGCCCAACUCUUGCGUGAGCGCGGUGACCUGGGAGCAGUGGCCUGGAUGCGACGUGCCUGCCGCAAGGGUCAUCCCCUGGCUUGUAUGCACUUGGCUGAGAUCUUCUGCUUUGGGGAGCUGGGGGUGAUAACCGACUGGGAGAAGGCUGAGGAGUUGCGGGUCUAUGCCAUGGCUCUACAUGAGCGCAUGAAGUGCUUGGCCCAGGGCUCUGUAAGCCCUGAUGAGCCCGAGCCGCCUCUAUGCCUAAGAUGCCACUAG